GGGGAGCGCGUAGGCGCCGGUUCGAAAGCGGCGGCGGGCUCCGGGAUCGCGUCAGAGCGCCGCUCGCCGCAGCCGUGGCCGCGCCGUGUUUCCGGACCCGUCUCUCUCUGCCCCGCGGGCGAUGGACGUGUCGCGGGACUUCUUCAGCAAACUGCGCUCCCUGGCCCUCACGGUAGAGAAAGAGGCGAAGCAGCUGGAGCGGGCGCUGAACGGGGAGGACGCGGACAGCUGGAGGCUCUGGUUAAACGUAUCGCUCUGCUAUGGUUGUCGUGCUGCAGGGGGCCUCUUUUACACUGUUUAUUGGCAUUAACCUUGAUAUCCAGUGAAAGAAUGAAGGUCAGUUCUGGACUACUGCGUUUAUGAGUGACCAGUACCAACAUCUGCUAGUGGAGAUCACAUUGCAGCGUACAUCACCUUACAGUGUACAUUACAUUGCAGUGUACCUGCGUGCUAAAUACUAAUUCCCCACUUCUUUUUUAAUUUCACAACGCUUUUAUGUCAAUAUGCGUAUCAAAGACUAUGAAGAGGAAUCUCCAAUGAGAGUUUUGCACGACUUACACUGCAACAUCAGGGAUCUGAAGGAAGGUGCUAACGCUGCUCUUGGCAAGAGUGCCUCUGAAAGGCAAGAAAUUAAUGACUUUAUGAAGGCCAGUGAGAUACUGAUGCAAAGAAAUGCAGCGGAUCUUGCAAAAAUAAGAGAGCUAUUCCAGAAAUACGGCUACAAACCACACGUCGAAGUCCCUGCAGAGGAGCAGGAAGAGGAGGCGAAUGGUGAUUCGAAGGCUUCUGACCAGAGUAAAUCUGAUCAAGAACAAGCAGAUGAUGUGGCUCCUCUUCCUGCCUGUGUUGAGAACCCGCCUGUGCCCACAGAUCCACUGCGGAACCCCCAGCUUUCUGAUUUUGGCCUUUCACAUUAUGCUUUCUCCAAGCCCUGGAGUGCAUUACAUGGACAACAACAUGUGGCAAACGCCAGUCAAGAAAAUGCAAAGCACAAAACUCCCCUAAAAACAGAGGCCCCCUGUGUUCUGCCCAAAACACCCAAGUGCAUGCUAAAGAUGGAUGACUUUGAGUGUGUAACACCAAAGCUGGAACACUUUGGCAUUAGCGAACACACCAUGUGCAUGAAUGAAGAUUACACAAUGGCGCUUAUUCGUAAAACUGCUCAGUCAGACAACUUGAUUAAAAAAGGUGAUCAUGAAGUGAAUGUAGCAACAAUGCCACCCAGGAAAAUGGCAGUUACUCCUGAGCCGAAAACAAAAGCAACAGAUGAGAACACAGCUGACUGUAUGGCUUCUCCUAUGAUCCCCGUGUUCUGCACACCUGGUGUGAAAAUCCCUUCCCGAGCAGACAGUGCAGUGUUAGCUGAGUCACCAGAAAGAGACAAACUGCCUCUUCCCAGCCAGGCAGCAACGCCACCACCUCCAGAUUUUGAAGCCAGGUGGCUGAAAGGAGAAUUUACGGAAAUGCAAGAGAAGAUCACGUUGGUGACCAAAAGCAAUGCAGCAGAGAAACAAAACAUAGAAGACAGCAUUCCUUCUGCUGUGAGCUCUGAUGAGUAUCUCAAACGUUUGGGGAACCCAUCUCCUCCCAAAAUAAAACAGUACGACCAUUUACUCAGCACUCCUCCACCUCCAGAAAUAACAAGGAUACCAGAUGAUGUACUACAGAUUCUGUCAAAGUAUAACCAUAAAGUAGACUCUUCUAUAUCUAAGAAAGUGGAGUCUAAGGCAGGAGAUGCUGCAAGAUUUGGAAGUGAUUUCAGUGAUUACCGCAACAAAGAGAACAGAGAAUAUCCUGCUCUUUUCAAGUCAGACAUUUGAAAUCAAGCUGAAGACUGUUUCACAUUCAUGGAUCUUAUCACUGAACCACAGAGAGCUCAAAAAGCAAAGAAGAAAUACUGGGAGGAAGGACCCACAAAAGGGAAAUCUCUUUUUCUCUGGAGAAGACGUGUUGCCUAUUAACUUGCUUGAACUAACAAUUCUGUGGUUUAAUUUUUUCAUUAAAAUUAGUGGCAAAAUAGA